CGCCGCCGGCACACACGCCCGCGCGCGCAACAUUGAUUUACUCGCUGGUCGCGCGAUCGCGAGACUCGCGAGAGCUCAGUCACUAGUGCGCAACGCUAACAGAUACAAGUGUUUCAGCGCUCCAGAGCGCUACUUUUAUUUUGCGUUCAUUUAGUUCUGCUUCAAACAACAAAAACCUGUUUUGAAUUGCCCGUGUUAUCUUCUGUGAAUAUUACUAAAGAUCUACGUGUUUUAAUUAUAAGUUCAGUGUGUUACGCUUGUGGUCUACCUACUUCGGUUCCUGUGUUGAGUAAUUCUGUGUCAGUUGUAGUGACUGUGAUUGAAGAAUCUGAAGAUUUCAUCGCUAACGUGUGCCCAUUUAGGAUUUCACCACGAGCGGGCUCAAGGAAGUGUAUAGUCAAGUGGACAGCGGCGGCGGUGGCUCGGCCGAAGUGAUGGUGUACUCUCUUGGCUGGGGGAUGGGCGAGCCGGAGCGGCGCGGCGCGGACCGCAAGCGCUCGCAGCCCGCGGCGGCGCUGUCGCCCGACGACGGUCACGAGGUGGACGUGUUACCGCUCAACAAUCAGGUGGGCGGGCACACGCGGCUGCUGGUGCUCAACGACAGCACCGUCAUCAAGCCCCUCAACAUCCGCGAACUGCAUUUCUACAUGAACAUUCCCGAGGACAUCCAGAGCUUCGUCCCCCGCUACAAAGGGGUGAUGCAGGCCUCCAUAGCCGGAGGCUCGAAGCCGGAGAAGCGGUACUCGCCAUGUUUCCGCGAGGAGAACGGCCGCAAGGCGUCGCUCGGCGGCAAGCGCAAGCGCGACGACGUGUUCAAAUUUAAAGUUCACCGAAAUGGCAAUGCUAGCGAAGUGCUUAAGAGCAUAGCCCACAUGGACAAUUCUAAUAAACAAUAUUUCCUGAUGAUGGAGAAUAUAACAUCAUCGUACCGGCGGCCGUGCAUCCUGGACCUGAAGAUGGGCACGCGGCAACACGGAGACGAUGCCAGCGCGGAGAAGCGAUCCAAGCAGAUCGCGAAGUGUGCAGCGUCCACCUCCGCUUCGCUCGGCGUCAGACUCUGCGGCAUGCAGGUGUACGGCGAAACCGGCGCUUGCGUCCGCCGCGACAAGUACUGGGGCCGCGCGCUGUCGGAGACGGGGCUGCGCGAGGCGCUGCGGCACUUCUUCGCCGCCGGCGCCGCGCCGCGCGCGCAGGUCGUGCGCCGCGCGCUGCGCCGCCUCGAGGCGCUGCGCCGCGCCAUCGCCAAGCAGACCAGCUAUCGCUUCUACUCCUGCUCCUUACUGAUAGUAUACGAAGGCGACACGGAAGAGCCCGACACCCCCUGCGCGGCGCAGUACGACGCGGACGCGGACGCGUCCAGCAGCUCGGCCGAGCAGCUGCCACCCUCACACUUCGACAUGUCCACGCUGCACGCCGGCAUCCCCGACCGCGAGCGCGAGCCCUUCCAGCCGCACUCGGAGGAAACAAUGGGCGGGUACGAGGAGGGCUCGGUGGGCGGGGCGACGGCGGGGCACUCGCCGCGCCGGCAGCCGCCCAGCCCCGACUCCACGGACAGCUGGAUGGCGUACUCCUCCACCUCCAGCGAGUCCUGGCGCGGCGAGCCCGAGCCCGCGCCGGAGCCCGAGCCGGGCAAGCGCGCGCGCCCCGCGCCGCCCGCCGCGCCCGCGCCCGCGCGAGCGCACGAGCCGCCGCCCGACGAGCGCGUCGACAUCCGCAUGAUCGACUUCGCGCACACCGCCUACGCCGACGCCGCCGCCUCCUCCCCGCUGGCCACGGCCACGCCGCACCACGGGCCCGACGGCGGCUUCCUCACCGGCAUCGACUCGCUCACCCGCCUGCUCACGGAGAUCCUGCAGCCGGACAGUUAAUGAGCGGCCGGGCCGAGCGCCCGCCCCGCCCCGCCCCGCCGCCGGCCGGACGGCGGUCUCCCUCGGUGAACGCUGCCGGUCCGGCCUACGUUUAUUUAAUCUAAAGGAGUACUAUAAUUUUAAAGUGGGACCCAGUAGGUAAACUCGAUACGUUCGUAUUUUUAAGUAUUACGUUUUAAGUUAUUCCAGAAUGUUGUGCUUUUGAUUUGUUCCCUUUAAAUUGAUCUGUCCAUUGCGUGUUUCGCUCGAGGCGGCCGUAUUUGGUGGACGUUCCCGUUCGCGUUAGUUCCUACCUAGUGUGAUCGCCGGAUUACCGUGUUCUACCCUCUUGUUGUUGUGCAUUUAGUUCCAAAAAAUGUAUUGUAACGAGCACCCAAAAUGUAGUUUAACUGAAUGUUUUAAAUAAAUAACCCAGUCGCUGAAACCAAAGCCGAAGUUGCAGGUGACCGGAAAUACUUGAUUCUAAAUUUAAGGAAAUUAUAAAACUCAAAAUAAACAUUGUAUAGUAUUUAAUUGACGACAGACCGCUAUAAUUAUAACAUACAUAAGUGUUUAGUGUUCUUAUAGAAUUUCAUUGAAUGUGUCGAUCGUCCGUAACGGAUACUUGAAACUAAUUAUAUAUUUUUUGCAACAGUAUUACGAAUGUUUUAUAAAUAGUGAGAAUGAGUGUAAGAUUCGGAUUGGAGAAUUUGUGAAUAUUAUCCUGAACGGUGAUGCUGUGCCAAUGGUUAGCUAUUUACACUGUAAAUGAAUGACAUAAGUUGUAUGUAACUGUAUGUAAUGUGUAAAUAGGGGUGAGUGUCAGUGUAAACAGCUACGCACAAAGGCGUACCACUAGCGUUAGUUAGCCAACAUUCCUUUGUGCUGCAUUCGUCAUUGCCCUUGUUUUUAGUGGGAUAAAUUUAUGAAAAGUACCUGGUUUAAUUAGGAUGCUAGGUUGUAUUGCAAAUUAUCAUUUAUGUCUGUUAUUUUUAAUAACCGUAUGACACUAUUUUGUUAAAUAAAUUUUAGGUAUUUUAA